AUGUCAUCUUCGGCUCUCAACUCUGUCCUAAACGGUCAUCGAUCGUUCUCCCCAAUUGAACUCACAGCGUUCUGCCUGCAAGGCUCUAUAGAACGUAGGCUGGCCACAGUUACUGAGGCGCUUACGGGUGUCGACCUCGGAGCUCUGUCCGUUGAUAUGCUGGAGUUCUCAACGGGCCAGGGGCACGAUCAAGAUAUCGUCAAGAUUACCUGGCAGAACUCAGCAUGGGACCGCGAUGUCGAUCUUACUGCGAGCAUGGACUUCAUCAGACAGCGUUUGUCUGCUCGAGGACUUCAAGUAUCUUGGUCCUCGUCACCCGGAAAGGACCGCCGCCGCGAGGGUGUCUUCCGCCUCGUCUCAUGCGCGCCGCACGUGUCCUCUAAAGCACACGCCACCCGUGCCGUCGUCGACUUCUGCAUAGCCCACCAGUUCCGCCUAGUGCAUCACAGGGUGGAGACUACACAAGACGGAUACCUUGUUCACGUUACUCUCGGGGAUCCCGACUCAGUUUCAAGCGUCGCAGAGGCUGUUUCCAAGACUAGUUCCUUCUUCGAAACAUUCUCCUUGGCCGCUAGCUACCAGCCAAGUGUGAGUGUCAUCCCCAUCCACUAUCCCACGACUAUUGCGAGUAUUUACCACGGCUUUCACUCCGAGUAUACCCUGCUACGUGAGCUGGAUAGCUGGGUUGCAAGUUUCAACAGUCUACAUAACGCGCAGGAGCGCCUCCUAGAGGUCUUCGACGGCAAGCGUCUCCAAUACGUUCAGGGAGUGAUUGCUGUCGCUGUCCCGAGCUCAGUUGGUCUGGCGCAGUUCAUCGAGAAGCAAAUCCCGGAGACUGGGGAGCCCUACGAGCUGGGUUAUUACCUCAACCAACGAAAGCUCCAGCCAAAGGUCGUUCGACAGGCUAUUCGUCUGGUCGGUCGGGAUAGGUUCUACAGUCUCCUGCCCCAUUUCAGCGACGCGGGGGAGAUUGAGCAGUUGCCAGCACCGACUGAUGAGCCGAUUACGGACGAUGAUGCUUCUGGUGAAGCAUCUACAGAUGCUAGCGGCGACGCCCACGUUCUCGGUCUUGCGAUUCAGCUCAAGGAGCUCAAGGUGGAGGUUGACAUGCUCCGCCGCGACCGCUCCUCGAACACUGCGCUCGCCAUGUCCGCACACGGAGCUCUCGCAGGAACGCUCUUGGGCAAGGCGGAGGAGGCCGACAAUGCCCGCGCUCGCAUUAUCGGGGUGAUGGAGAAACUGCAGACACAGCUCUGUGAAAUGAUGCAGCUGUUCGAACUCACCGCCGCCGCUGAGGACAUCGCGCACUCCGCCCUCAACAUAGACCUCACUACGCUUUGA